GCCUACGUUAGGUGGAGGAAUCUGCUCUGCAAAGACAAACACAUGUGAAAUUAUUGAUCAGGCUUGUGUGAAUUUAUGGAAACAUGUCAAAGAAACGGGGCAGGAAGCGUAGCAAUGAAGAGCUGAGUGAGAGCUCGGCGUCAACCCUGAGCCCAGACCCUGACAACCUGCUGGGCCGCAGGAUCCAGCACACCUGGAGGGAGAAGGGUAACGUGACCAAGUGGAAAGGCACGGUCCUGGAGCGCCUAACCGUUAACAGUUCCCUCUACAUGGUCAAAUACGAUGGCUUUGACUGCGUCUACGGCAUCGAGCUUUUCAAAGACAGUCGAGUGUCCAACCUCCAGGUGUUGGCAGAGAAAGUUGUGAAUAAUAAAAUCAAGGUGCCUCCUGGGGCAGAGGAGCUGGUGGGCCGAGCUGUGGAACAUCUGUUUGAGAAGGAGGACGGUGAGAAAAACGAGUGGCGAGGCAUGGUGUUGUCCCGAGCGCCCAUCAUGACCCACUGGUAUUAUAUCACCUACGAGAAGGACCCAGUGCUGUACAUGUACCAGCUGUGGGACGAUUAUAAGGACGGAGAUCUACGUGUGCUGCCUGAGUCAGAGAACAAACACCUGCUGCCAGCAGACAGAAAGCCAGGUGAGGAGCCAGAGAGCCUUGUGGGUAAACAGGUGGAGUACGUCACAGAUAACGGUCUGAAGAGGACAGGCUUGGUCAUCUACCAGGUUCCAGCUAAGCCCACGGUAUACUACAUCAAAUAUGACGAUGACGUCCACAUCCACGUCUACGACCUGGUGAAGACCACCUAGUAUUGACUGUCUGGUCUCCUUUUCAGCUGACAGCUCAUCUUCAUGCUGACCAGUCGUUACCUGUUAUAGUGUUACAGAUUUUUCUCCUCUUUCAGUGGGAGGCGAUGUGCCGAAGAUUGAAAGUCAACUUUUUAUUUUUUUUUGUGUGUUUUGAUUUUUUUUUUGGCCUCCAGAGGUUGUUUUUUCAUUCUGUCAUUACAAGACCUCUAGGUUUUUGAUGAUCAGUUCUAAGUUGACCUUAAUGUAUGACUGUUAGGUCAUUCAAUGUAAAUAAAGCAGGUCUGAGACCAGUUGUAUAGCCCAGCAGAUGAAAUGGAGCUAGAUGUGUGUUUUGGGUAAAUCACAUUUGUAUAGUGCAACUUUCAAACUCCAAAUUCAUACUUUUUGUAAGCAACACAUCAAACUAAAAUCCGCUUUCUUACCUAUACCUCUGUGUUUCAUUUCACUUUUAUAUGCCUGUGCUAUUUAUUUCAUCUGGAAUAUCUGGCUGUGCUGCUGGUGACAUUUUGGCAAAACUUGUCUGCUGUGCUUUAUGUGUGUCACUGGGUAUGCUUCAGUUUGUUGAAUCUAGAAGUAAUAUUCAUUUGACCAGUGUGCUGAUUUUUACCAUCACAGUGAACUCAGAUUUCAGUUGAAAUGUAUAGGCAUCAAUGAGACUCGACUGAGUCUCUCUUCAUGGAUAUGAACCACGGAUUAUUCUAAAAAGUCAUGUAUAAUAUUUCUGUUGCAACAUGUAAACUGCAAGUUUUCUACAUUAUAAUAAUAUAUCAGAAAAUUACGAUGUUUAUGUCAAGUUGUUUCAACUGUGUUUGUGCUACACACUAUUUAUGUAAUUCAAAUUAUUGGCUACCAACAUUGUUUAGUAUUUUGAACUGAAGUCUUUAUUAUUUGCCAAAUCUGAAUGAUAUUAUAUAUUCAGGCCUCAAAAUAUUCUUCAUUGUGACCCUAAAUAUGUUUUGUUCUGUAAAUAUAAUCUGAAACAUUUUUAUGAACGUUAAA